GGAAUGGGCUUGAGGCUGAGGAUAAUUUCACAUGAAUGUUGAUGGUGUUUUCCUGGUCAAAGGUCAUGCCAUGUUGCACCGGCUGUCUGAUCGAUGUCAAGUCUCAAGGAGAAUACACAAUCUGUAAUGGCCAAGCGCUCAGGACACAGCUACACCUAAGGCUCUAUGCUGAAUACGGUGGCCAGCAAUUUAGUUUGGGCCAGGAUUGGAACUGCACUCCACUCCCUACAGAACAAAUGGAGAACAGUGGCUGCAUCCCGCUCUGCUGGAACAAAGGAGUCUGCAUCUAUGCACAGCAUCCAUUACCAAAAUAUGACAGCCAGUUAGCCCCGCUAAGAAAAUCUGAGUCAGGCAUGGCAACGUCUUCCUACUUGGAGCCAAACCUCAAACACUCUGCAGCAGGUGGGUGUGGGGUUAAAUCCCGGUCCGGGGUGGCCGGCAGUACUGGUGUUGGUACCAGUGGCUCUGCUGGUGGUCUUGAGCGGACACCGGGUUCUAUGGAUCGGGUUCUAAAGAUUUUCCACUACUUUGAGACAAACAGUGAACCAAGCACCUGGGCGAGUAAUAUCAGACAUGGAGAUGCUACUGAUGUCAGGGGAGUCAUCCAAAAGAUAGCGGAAAUCCACAAAUUGCGCUGUGUCACUUCACUUGGCCUCCGUUUAACCCAUUUGCACACGGACGCACGCCAUUGGUUACAUCCUGACUUGGGAGUCUCUCAUGUCAGGGAGAAAUAUGAGAAACAGCACCCACAGGAAGAGUGGAGGUACGAGCUGCGGAUGCGCUACUUUCCAAAAGGUUACCUCAGUCAUUUCUCGGAAGACAAACCCUCGCUCAACUACCUCUAUCACCAGGUUAAAAGUGACUACAUGCAACAUAUCGCAGAUCAGGUGGAUCAAGAUAUCGCUUUGAAACUGGGCUGUCUGGAAAUAAGGCGUUUCUUCAGAGAGAUGCCAGCAAAUGCCCUUGACAAGAAAUCCAACUACGAACUCCUAGAGAAAGAUGUUGGUUUAAGAAGGUUCUUCCCUAAAAGCCUACUAGACUCUUUAAAGGCAAAGGCUCUCCGUAAGCAGAUCCAGCAGACUUUUAAGCAGUUUGCCAACCUCAACGAUGAACAGAGCAUCCACAAGUUCUUUGAGAUAAUCUCUCCCAUUUACCACUUCGACAAAGAGUGCUUCAAAUGUGCUUUAGGGUCUAGUUGGGUAAUAUCAGUCGAGUUGGCAAUCGGACCAGAGGAAGGAAUCAGCUACCUCACAGAUAAGGGCUCAAUGCCUACCCACUUAGCUAACUUCAACCAGGUUCAGUCCAUCCAAUAUUCAGCUUUGGAGGAGAAGGACAGGAAAGGCAUGCUGCAGCUCAACGUUGCAGGAGCUCCAGAGCCCCUCACAGUAACCACAGCUUCACUGACCACAGCAGAAAACAUGGCCGACUUGAUUGACGGUUACUGUCGACUCUUCUCCUUAGCUACUCACUCCUUCAUCGUCAGAGUCCACAAGGAGGGCGACAGAGCACUACCAUCUCUGCCAAAAGUGUCAAAUCACGAGAGGCGGAUGGAAAAACGGAUGGAGGGAGUGCGAACCAGAGCAGUUUGUGUGUCAGGGCACACUAGUGGCGAUGAAACAGAUGACUAUGCUGAGAUCAUAGAUGAGGAAGACACCUAUACCAUGCCUUCAAAAUACUAUGGACUAGAUCAAGCACAGGACUAUGAGAUUCAGAGGGACCGUAUUGAUUUGGGCCGCUGCAUAGGUGAGGGUCAGUUUGGGGACGUCCACCAAGGAGUCUACAUCAGCCCGGAGAACCCGGCACUGUCAGUAGCUGUGAAGACAUGUAAGAACUCAACAUCGGACAGUGUCAGGGAGAAAUUUCUCCAAGAAGCACUCACCAUGCGUCAGUUCGACCAUCCUCACAUUGUGAAACUGAUGGGCGUCAUUACAGAUAAUCCAGUCUGGAUCAUCAUGGAGCUUUGCACACUGGGAGAGUUACGCUCCUUCCUGCAAGUGAGAAAGUACAGCCUAGACCUGGCUACUCUCAUCCUGUACUCCUACCAGCUCAGCACGGCAUUGGCCUACCUGGAGAGCAAACGCUUUGUACACAGGGACAUAGCAGCACGGAACGUCCUGGUAUCCACCGUGGAUUGUGUGAAGCUGGGUGAUUUUGGUUUGUCACGUUACAUGGAAGACAGUUCUUACUACAAAGCAUCUAAGGGAAAGCUGCCUAUUAAAUGGAUGGCUCCUGAGUCUAUCAAUUUUAGAAGAUUUACCACAGCCAGUGAUGUCUGGAUGUUUGGUGUCUGUAUGUGGGAAAUUUUAAUGUACGGCAUUAAGCCUUUCCAAGGUGUGAAAAACAAUGACGUCAUUGGCAGGAUAGAAAAUGGAGAACGACUGGCCAUGCCGCCGCAGUGCCCCCCUACCCUCUACAGUUUGAUGACGAAGUGCUGGUCGUAUGAUCCCAGCAAAAGGCCGCGCUUCAAUGAACUGAAAACCCAGCUCAGUACCAUACUAGAGGAGGAGAAGCUUCAGCAGAAAGAGAGGAACAGGAUGGAGAUGAGGAGGCAGGUCACCGUUUCUUGGGACUCAGGAGGAUCUGAUGAAGCACCACCAAAGCCCAGUAGACCAGGUUACCCCAGUCCGCGAUCCAGUGAAAGUUACUACCCCAAUCCCCAGCACCCUGGACACUACCAGAUGGCAGGGUACCCAGGCCCUCACACGCUCCCUUCGGUGCCCAGCGCCCUCUACCCACCGUCGGCCGCAAUGGUGGACACUCAUCAUGCGCACACGCACCCUCGCCACCACGUCCAUGCGCACUCACAUGUACAGCACCUCCCCCAGUCGCACGGACAGGACAUGGUCCAUUGGGGCUCAGCCAUGGAGGACAGGGAAAUAGACUUGCAGCCGUGUGUAGGCCAGCAGUGCCUGUUAAUGGAGGAACAGCUGAUGCUACAACAACAGCAGAUGGAGGAGGAUCGAAGGUGGCUGGAGCAAGAGGAAAGGCUGCUGACUCUUGACGGUGAUGAGCGGCGAGGGAGGAGGGGCGAGCCCCAAGUACACCACCUUCAUACUUCGAAACCAGACACCAGAAGCUCUCGGGGGAGUCUGGACCGAGAUGACGGAGGACUCCCGCUCUCAGCGGGAAACCAACACAUUUACCAGCCAGUGGGCAAAGCAGAGCUUGUGGCCCCUCCAAAGAAACCCCCUCGACCCGGGGCCCAGAGCCAAGGGAGCUGUCUGGCUGGUCUGAACUCUGCUGACAGCUACAAUGAUGGACUCAAGCUGCAGCCCCAAGAGAUCAGCCCCCCACCCACCGCCAAUCUGGACCGCUCCAAUGACAAGGUGUACGAGAACGUGACGGGAUUGGUGAAAGCUGUGAUCGAGAUGUCCAGCAAGAUUCAGCCAGCUCCUCCAGAGGAGUACGUUCCCAUGGUCAAGGAUGUGGGCCUCGCAUUGAGGACUUUGUUGGCCACCGUGGAUGAGACGCUACCGCAACUUCCUGCCUGCACACACAGAGAGAUUGAGAUGGCGCAAAAGCUUUUGAACUCUGACUUGGCAGAGCUGAUUGGGAAAAUGAAGUUAGCUCAACAGUAUGUGAUGACCAGUCUUCAGCAGGACUAUAAAAAACAGAUGUUAACUGCGGCCCACGCCCUUGCUGUGGACGCUAAGAAUCUGCUGGAUGUCAUCGACCAAUCCCGGCUCAAGAUGAUGUCCCAGCCCCGCCCACAUUAACCUCACAUCAGAGGGGUCCCACACACAGGUGCUGGUCAUGGACUCGGUGGAUCAAUCUACUUCCUUAAGUGAGCCUUCUUGGAGGACUGAUCUGAGCUGAUCCCUUCAUUUAACUCUGCACCACUGUGACUUUGGAAAAAAAAAAAAAAAAAGAAGAACCGAGCAAAAACAGUUCCUGAAUCAGGGAUGUGGCAGCUUUGCUCUCUGUGUUCUCAACUGAGGAGGAAGAGAGGAUAAAGUGAUGAUGGCCAUGACUGAGAACUUUGCCAUUGCUGUGCUUUGUGUCCAAACUGGUGGCGUCAGUAAGCCAAGCCAUGAGAACAUGACUCUUAUCAGCUGCAUCACUUCCGCACGACAAGGAAGGACUCCAGCAUGUCCACUAGCAGCCCUGACAAAGAAACCUUCACGUCUCCCCUCAUCUCUCUCGCUCUCUCUCACUAUCUAUCUCUAUCUCUCCUUCUCUGUCUCUUCCCCCGUCACGACGGGUUUUAUUUAUAGCAACAGAAACUUCACACAAUAAUACCCAAGGACUUUGCCUUUUCAUUUUCCUUCAUUGUCACUACUCUUCCUGUUGUCUUCCUCGCUCACAUCCUUUCUAAGCAGGUUGCUAAGACUCUAAAUGUGAACAAUUCACCUUUUUUGUGUCCUUGUGAACAAUCACAGUCUUCUUACUGAAAAAUUACAACAUAUUCUAUCCCAGCAGCACUAAGGAGGAGUAGGAGGAGGAUGGUGGAUCAUGAGGGUCUGUGUUUUCUUCCCAACAUGGAGAAAGGGAGGCUGUCAUCAGUUUUACGAUGACAUCAUCUCCUCUUUUCACCGACCCACACACACGCACAUCACUGAUGUCACAAAGUGACUGGACAGGAACACUGAGCCGCUUUAACUGGAAUUUCAUCUUGCACAUAUUGAACUGAAAACACAAACGGCACGCCUGUGUGUGUGCUAGCAAAAGUGUGUGUGGGGCGUGACAUACAGGUAUGGAGGAGAGCAUUAUUUGCACAGCACCAGAAUAAAUCAAGUGAGUUGACCCAGGUUCUAUUCCCACGAUUAGCCAGCCAAUCCGCACCUGGGCAAUAUAGUAGGGUUUAAAAAGAUGUAAAAUAAACCAUUUAUUUUUUUCCUCUUUAUUGUUGCGUAAAUCUACUCAUGUUGGUAUAUUGUAACCUGUACUGGUGUGUAUCACUGGUCAUUUGUACAGACGUUGUGCUAGUAAACACUGGUUUUUAUUUUGUCUUCUGGGCUUAAUCUGACUUCUUGUCAAAUAGCAAGAAAACAAUGAAAUAAAGAAAUAAUGCAGAAGUGGAA